AUGAAUAGUCCGCCAUACGCUUCAUGGGCUCAAUGGUCAACAGGUCCUAAUCACUAUCGACCUCGAACGAAAAUACCGGCAGCACCAUUUCUUGUUAAGCGACCUACGCCACCCGGUACACCGUCAUCAGUUAAACUUAAUUUAGAUACAUUAGAAGAAAUUGGCACAUCAG